AUGUCAUAUAAUUCUAAAUCAACCUUUGAUGAACUUCAAUGGGUGAUUCAUAUUCGAAAAAUCCUUGAAGAAGAAUUUGAAGAGGAAGAUGGUAAAUUAUCUGUAACCAUUUUCAAUGUGCCAAAGCUUCUUAUGGCUAGUGAUCCAGAUUCUUAUGUUCCACAACAAGUUGCAAUUGGUCCUUACCAUUAUUGGAGAUCAGAACUCUAUGAAAUGCAAAGUUACAAGCUUGCAGCAACAAAAAGAUUCUUGAAAUCACUACAAAGUUUCAAAUUAGAUAACCUUGUUGACCAAUUGACAAAGUAUGAACAAAGAGUUAGAGCAUGUUACCACAAAUUCUUAGAUUUGAACGGAGAAACGAUGGUUUGGAUGAUGAUCGUUGAUGCAUCAUUCUUACUCGAGUUACUUCAAAUUUAUGCAAUGCAAGAAGGUGAACCAAAGAGGGAAGUUUUGUCAAGCAUGUCACAUUUAGUUGACUAUGCUGGUAGAAAAUCAGCUCAUAAUGCAAUGUUGAAAGACAUUGUUAUGCUUGAGAAUCAAAUUCCAUUAAUGGUUUUGAGAAAAUUGCUUGAGUUCAAACUCUCAUCAAAAGAAGCUGCUGAUGAAAUGUUGAUUUUCAUGUUUAUAGGUUUGUUUAAACAAACUUCACCUUUCAAGAUGAUUGAAAAGUUUCCAAGCAUUAAAGUCUCCGAAAGUGCACAUUUGCUUGAUUUUUUUUACGACAUGAUUGUGCCUAAAUUAGAAACAGGAAACGACGUUACUAUUGAUGUUGAGAUUCAACAAGAAGAGGAACAAGACAAAGGUGAAGAUGAAAAUUCAAAAGGUGAGUCUAGUUAUGUUAAGCAACCAUUCAAUGAAAUAUGGAGGAUUCUUUCAAAACAUAUCAAAGGACCCAUGAAAUCACUCAACAGGGUUGUAUCAAGACCUUUGAAAGUGCUUGUAAAGUUUCCAUGGAAAAUCAUAUCCAAUCUUCCAGGAGGUAAACUUCUAAAACAACCUGUUGAAUCUUUAUUUUUCUCUAAAGAAAAAGGCGAUGAAGAAAAACAAGAAAAUGAAAAUUCUAGCACUGAUCUUGUUAACAAGCCACCUUUGAUGGAUGAAAUCGCUAUUCCUUCUGUUGAGCAACUUGUGCUUGCAGGAGUUAAUUUCUUACCUACAAAUGGAAGCAUAUCAAGCAUUAGUUUUGAUGCUAAAACAAACACUUUUCACCUUCCCAUGAUUAGAUUGGAUGUUAACACCGAAGUUUUUCUAAGAAACUUGGUUGCAUAUGAAUCAUCGGUUGGAUCGGGACCUUUGGUUAUAACUCGUUACACAGAAUUGAUGAAUGGAAUCAUAGACUCCGAGAAAGAUGCAAAGAUUCUAAGAGAAAAAGGGAUUAUUCUAAAUCACUUAAAGAGUGAUCAAGAAGUGGCUAACAUGUGGAAUGGAAUGAGCAAGUCAUUGAGAUUGUCAAGGGUACCAUUCUUGGAUAAGACUAUUGAAGAUGUUAACAAGAGUUAUAAUAAUACAAUGAAGAUCAAGAUUUGGAAAUUUAUGAAGUCUUAUGUGUUUGGUUCAUGGCCAGUCUUAACAUUCUUGGCUAGCAUGUUCCUCUUGUUCAUGACAGCAUUGCAAGCUUUUUGCUCUAUCUAUACAUGUCAUCGCUUCUUUGACAAGGCUCUAGACUUUACAUCCCCAGACACAAAUUAA